CGAGCGCACUGCAGAGCCAGCUGGUGUCGAUCUGUCUCGAUCAGCUGAACGAUGCCAGCAAUCCGUUACUGCGCCAGUGGUUAGCCAUCUGUCUGGGCCACCUGUGGCAGGACUAUGAGCAAGCGCGUUGGUCCGGGGUGCGAGACAAUGCGAACGAGAAGCUGUACCUGCUGCUCAGUGAUCCACAUCCCGAGGUACGGGCGGCCGCUGUCUAUGCCCUCGGUACAUUCAUCAGCUCCGUGACGCAACGUUCGGAUCAUGCGAACAAUAUCGAUCGGGCAACGGCCAUGCAUCUGUUCGCGACGGUCAGCAACGAUAUGAGCCCGCUGGUGCGCAUGGAACUGAUUGCCGCGCUCCAGUGGAUGGUGCUGUUCUUCGAGAGCCAGUUCGUUUCCACCGUGCUGCAGGUGGACAGCCCGGAACGUAGUGUGAACCCGAUGAAGCGUGUUUCCAGCACCAACAACAUACUGGGAGUCGGGAAAACAUCCGUCACCGUUGGGUUCUAUCAGCGGCUGUGGAACGGAUUCGUGGCCCUCUCGAAGGAUCCGUUUCCCGAGGUGGCCGCGAUGGCACAGAAGAUCACCGAUUAUGUACGCGCCGAAACGGCAAAGGAAGUGACGGCAUGUGAUAAAGGUGGCCAUCACCACGGUACUGGAAUGGCCAGUAGCGUAAGCUUACCUCCCUCACCCAACACGAGGGGUAACUUUCUAUCCGGUGAAUCACCUCCAACGCACCACCACGGAGACAAUGGGCUUAAUCGGCUGGGGGCAAACAACCAUCACCACCACCAUGCCACACCUCUGUCGAUGAAGAAACGUUCUCAGGUAAUGAAUGAAAGUUGUGGAGAGUUUUCCGAGGCACAAACCAGUACGCCCGGGCCGAAGCUUUCCACCAGUCAACAGCAACAGCAGCCACCGGGCGCUUCCUCCUCCAGCAUGUCCUCAUCGGUGUCGGGAGGAACGGGCGGUGGCAAUGGGGCCAUCAAACCGAUCGUCAGCACCAAGUUCAUCGAAUGGUCCGUGAGCUUCUUCGCGCAACCCUCGAAGCAUAUGCAUGACGCGAUGGAUGGUGACCAUGAUACCGCCGGCACCGGCAGCAAUGGCAGCAGCAACAAGAAGAAGCUGGAAGAUCACAAUUCCUCCGAGUAUCUUAAUCGGCAGGCUCGGUGCCUGCGCAAUCAGUCGGUACGAAGCGAGGGACGAAUCCAGCGGAAAAAGGCCAUCUUUAAGCGACUGGAUGUGCAACACUGGUCAUGCCGUACUCAGCAUGCCCCAACGAUUAUUAAACUCAACCCGUACGAUGAACAGCUGGCCUUUGCGUACAAAGACCGAGUGAUUGUGGUAAACAUGAACACGGAUACGACGUACACGUUGGCACCGCCAGCGUCCACCAGUGGUACUAGUAGCAGCGCUAGCAGUGGCGGCAGCAUCAACCAGCAGCAGUCCCUCUUUCCCCUGCAACAACACGGUCCUCAUCGCUUGAUCAGUCAGACGAUCAGCUUACACGAUCACCAGUCAUCGUUGCACCAUCAGCCACGAAUGCCACACGAAACGUUCCUGCAUGGCCCAGCCAGCCAACAACAGCCGCUUAGCGUAACAUCACUAGAGUUUAUCAAUUCACACGACAUUGGGCUUGUGAUGGCCGGGUACAGUGAUAGCACCAUUCGGUUGUGGCGUCCCCUAGAUGCUAGUGGUGACCAGCAGCAACAGCAGCAGCAGCAACAGCAGUCACAAUCACAGCUACUGUCUGCCUGGCACGGGUUGCUGGACUUUCAUUCAGCGAGCCUGGCUAAAGUGAGCUGCCUCGAUACGACCGGACAGGCGUCGCACCUUAACGGCGGUUCGCCGGCACCGGGUGGCUUGGUACUGGCGUGGCAUCAACGUUCCCAGACGAUCAUGGCCGCCGGAGAGGCAAAGUACAUUCGGAUAUGGGACGCUGAGCGCGAGAUGCGAAUAUGUGAUAUACCGAGCGGAUCGGAUACGUCGAUCCUGAAGCUGUCCUGUGCCCCGAAUGGCCUGUUUGCGGCCGGUUUUUACGAUGGCAGUGUGCGUAUCUUCGAUCACCGCUGCCCACCCCUGGAGCAGCGCUGUGCUACGAUACGGGAGCAUCUGCACCCGAUCCUGACGCUCUGCAUGCGGGACGAUUGCGAGGCGCUCAUCACGGCGUGCACCGGUUCCGUCGUGAGGUUGUACGAUCUGAGGAAGAUGGGUAGCGCGCAUCAACACUGGAGCAUCGGUACGGAAGUGUCCGCGAUGGCCAUACACGCCAGUGCCGAUAUACUCGCUUGUGCAACCAGUCAAAUCGUCAUUUACGGGCUGGACGGAGCUGUACUAAGCACCGGUCGAGGCAACGAAGGGUUUAUGGCAUCGCGCAAGGGUGUCGCCUCGUGCCUGUCGUUCCACAAACACAAACUCAACCUGGCCGCCGGUUACAACGACAACACGGCAGCCGUGCUGGUACCGGACCGGAAGUGAAGCAGCCUCACCUUCAUACCCAGGAUAGCUUUAUAAUCGCUGGUAGCUAAUAACAGAGAGGAGAGAGGACGAUGAAUAGGACAGCAUAUACUGUUAAUGGCUGCUGUUGCAACGCUAUCGCUUUAAGGCCAACCCAACGCAACUAUAUAGGAGUAAUGAGCUGACGCCUUAGAAGAACGCAACCAUGAAGAUAUUGUCCCCGUACCGCUACUCGAUGUCAGCAAACGUUUCCGAUUGAACGAGAAAUGAUUGUGAUGUCGUCUACCGAAGAAUGGCCGCCACCACCAUCAUGCAAAGUUCAACGGUGCCCGUGACUCAUCGGGACAUUCGAAGGGGGGGGGGGGGAGGGCUAGACAGAAAAAAGAGGACCUAAGAAUCAGAGCCCAGGGCUACUGUGGGUCCGCUGUCCCUCUCCACAGUGCUUGCAAACAACUACCUAUAGCAGCCGUAGCUUGUAAGCUGAGAUAGAGUUUAGUGAGUGCGUGUACAGCAAAACUGUCGCUUAGAAAGCAAAGCUAAAGCAAGACAAAUGAAGGCUUUAAAGGCAAAAGCAAGGAGCUGGAGCAACCGAUAAUCUGCUUAUUCUUUUAAUCCUAUUUCCGUUUCCGCGGAAUCCACCACCAAUGGUUCUGUGAUGAAAAGUGUUUUGGCAUCUAUAGCAUGCAGGGGCAAAUCAUGGUCGAAGACGAGAUUGUGCUGUGCCACAGCUUACUCUCUCGUCCCCAUACAAUCACAGAUUCAUAGGUUUACCGUCUUAGCUGUGUAUCAUAUGUUGAUGGACUUUUAAAUAUGCUUUUUACUUCCUCUAAUUAGAAGUUGUUUAAGCUUUACUAUUUUUUUUAAACUUCCAACACCUACCUUCAGAUCGUUUCUACAAACCGUUCUAUGUUUUGGGAGGGUAGAGUGUACAAUUGUGCGUUUUUUUUUUUGAGGAGGAGGUAGUAGGGGAACGAAACAUUGUGUUUUUGCGUAACCCUGAUAUGUUUUAAAUUAGCAGUAGAAUCGAAUUAUCGGUUAAUUCAGUCGCUAUUAUUUACAUUAUGAAAAGAGCAACAUUAUGAACCUGGAAUGAAGUGGAAUUGUAAAUAAAACCAUAUGCCUGGCAAUC